GCCCAUCUGCACUGCAUGCUUCGUUCCACUGAAGCUUAUUCACAUCUGCCAGCCAGACUACCUUCGCACACAAUUACUCAUUCAAUCCAACAUGAGGCUUUUUUAAUAGGAACCAAGUGUGACAGCGGUCAGCUCAUUGGGUCGCAGGGCAGAAAGUCUCCAACAGGAGGGCAGCGUGAUAGAUUCACCCAGGUGUAGGUGAAAUGGUACAGCCCCGGGGCUGGGCAAACUAACUCGUGCUGCAGUUGAGCUAGAGCGCAGCACUUUGAGUGAUGGCUCGUCAAACUAGCAAUACAAACUGCAUUCAAGAGUGAGCAAAGCAGGUGGAGUGUCUCAGCAAUAUCAGACUCCUUUAUCCGUGAGCUACUUGGAACUCAAUGGAGGUACUGUACUCCGAUUAAAUAGACUGCAGUUUCAGGAGAGCGGACUGAUAGACUCGAAGGAGGCACUGUUCUAGGUUUCCUCUGACUGUGUGGGGUUUAUAAUCCAGAGACGUUGUGCUCAAGCUUCACUGGAAGAAACUGCAAACCAUGGGCUGGUUCACUGGGAAUCUAGUGCUCUGCUCCAGCUUGCUGCUUCUAGCCGCAGUGAACUGUCAGAGGGGGAAGAACAAUGUGCCAAGAUUGAAGCUUUCUCACAAAGAAAUGAUGGAAUUAAACAGCGUUGUCACUUUUGUUGGAAUUGCAAACAGCUCUGGUUACCAGACAUUCUUGUUGGACGAGGAGAAAGGCAGACUCUUUGUCGGGGCCAAGGAUCAUAUAUUUUCAUUCAAUCUGAUCAACAUAAACAAGGAUGUUUUGAAGAUUGUGUGGCCUCCAACACCCACCAGAAGAGAUGAAUGCAAAUGGGCAGGAAAGGAUCUUGUGAAAGAAUGUGCAAAUUUCAUCAGGGUUCUACAGCAUUAUAAUCAAAGCCACCUGUAUGCCUGUGGAACUGGAGCCUUUCACCCAGUCUGCGCCUACAUUGAAGUUGGUCAUCAACCUGAGGAAAAUGUAUUCAGACUCGAGACCUCACAUUUUGAGAAUGGACGAGGGAAGAGCCCCUAUGAUCCCAGGCUGCUGACCACUUCGAUUUUGGUUGAUGGAGAGCUAUACUCUGGCACUGCGGCAGAUUUCAUGGGCAGGGAUUUUGCAAUUUUCCGCACUUUGGGACAUCAUCACCCAAUAAGGACAGAACAACAUGAUUCCAGGUGGCUGAAUGAACCAAAAUUCAUCGGUGCUCACUUGAUACCAGAGAGUGACAAUCCAGAAGAUGAUAAAAUAUAUUUCUUUUUUCGAGAAAAUGCUUUGGAUGGAGAGUAUUCGGGAAAAGCGACUCAUGCCCGAAUAGGACAAGUGUGCAAGAAUGACUUUGGUGGCCAUCGAAGCCUUGUCAAUAAGUGGGUGACUUUUCUUAAAGCCCGUCUAAUCUGUGCAGUACCGGGACCAAAUGGAAUCGAUACCCAUUUUGAUGAACUACAGGAUAGUUACAUCAUGAAAUCUAAAGAUCCCAAGAAUCCUUUCAUCUAUGGCAUUUUUACAACAUCCAGCAACAUCUUUAAGGGAUCAGCUGUGUGCAUGUACAGUAUGUCUGAUGUGAGGAGAGUCUUCUUGGGCCCAUAUGCCCACAGAGAAGGCCCGAGUUAUCAGUGGGUGCCAUUCCAAGGAAGGGUUCCAUAUCCUCGCCCAGGAACAUGUCCUAGCAAAACAUUUGGAGGACUUGAAUCAACAAAGGACUUUCCUGAUGAUGUAAUUACAUUUGCUAGAAGUCACCCAGCCAUGUACAAUCCAGUGUUGCCUAUCAAUAAUCGUCCAAUUGUCAUCAAGACGGAUGUAGAUUAUCAAUUCACACAGAUAGUUGUUGAUCGAGUGGAAGCUGAAGAUGGCCAGUAUGAUGUCAUGUUCAUUGGAACAGAUGUGGGGACAGUUCUGAAGGUGGUCUCUAUUCCCCGGGAGACUUGGCACGACCUUGAGGAGGUUUUACUUGAGGAAUUGACAGUGUUGAGGGAGCCAACACCUAUCACAACACUGAAAAUUUCUACAAAACAGCAACAACUGUAUGUUGGCUCAGCGUUUGGAGUCUCACAGCUCCCCUUACAUCGAUGUGAUGUUUAUGGAAAGGCAUGUGCAGAGUGUUGUCUUGCCAGGGACCCCUACUGUGCCUGGGACGGAUUCUCAUGUUCCAGAUAUUUCCCCACUGCCAAAAGACGUACCAGAAGACAAGACAUCAGGAAUGGUGACCCUCUCACCCAGUGUUCUGAUCAGCAUCACAAGGAUAAUUUGCAUGAGCAUGAGAAUAUGGAGGAAAAGAUUAUCUAUGGAGUGGAGAACAGUACCACCUUUCUGGAAUGCGUCCCGAAAUCACAGCGAGCUAUAGCAUACUGGCAAUUCCAUAGGCAGUCUGAUGACCAUAAAGAAGAGAUCAAGGCAAAUGACCGAGUCAUCAAGACAGAACAAGGGUUGUUAUUACGUAGUAUCCAGAAGAAAGAUGCUGGGAUCUAUAUUUGCCAGACAGUAGAGCAUGGCUUCAUGCAGACUGUACUGAAGGUGACACUAGAAAUUAUUGACACUGAACAUUUGGAGGAACUUCUGCAUAAAGAGGUUGAUGAUACUCUGAGGCCCAAGGAGAGUCACAGCAUCAUUGCUCCAAACCAGAAGCUUUGGUACAGGGACUUCAUGCAACUCAUUAACCAUCCCAACCUCAACACCAUGGAUGAAUUUUGUGAACAGGUUUGGCGGCGUGAUCGUCGCCAGAGGAAACAGAGACCAGCACAUACACCCGUAAACACCAACAAAUGGAAACACUUACAGGAAAACAAGAAAGGCAGAAAUAGGAGGACCCAUGAGUUGGAGAGACCACCGAGAAGUGUCUAACAAUAUACAACUUAAUUCAAACAAAAUGCAAUACAUACAUUAACUACUUCAUUGCAUUAUGUUGAUGUUUACAAGUAUAUGGGCUGCUCACCUAAUACACAACUGCCAUCCAUCGUCUUUUUCACCCUCUUCAUUAUUUUUGGCAAUGCAGCGUGGUGACUGGACUGCAUUUUAUAGUUGGACCGGACUUGCUGUUUUAACAUCACACGCAACUGACAGAAAUCCACCAACUCAGUUUCCUCCUCAAAGAAACUCAAUAUUUGUUGAUGCCAAAAUAUGUUAUGAACUGCCACUUCUAUCGGGCUUUAUGUGAGAUGAUCACUGAACUGCAGAUCAAGUGGGGAAAUCUAAGAUUGAUUUGUAAUUCUUUUACCUGCCUGCUGUUGGUCAGAGUACACUGAAAAUACUCCGGGUCUAGUGAACCGACAAAUGUUCAGAGAGCUUUUGAAGUGCCACAUGUCUAAUCAGCUGAUUGUAUAUGGUUCUCACUUUGACCAAAAGACAAUGGACAUGCAGUUCAGACAAAUACAUCUACUGAUUGGAAGUAGAACCAAAGUCACAAGAGUGGGCAGGCUUUAGAUUAAAGAAAAUCUGGUUAACUAAGUUGACUGGAAUGUUUGCUGUCAGCACAACCUGAAGUGUCAAGCGUGAUACCAUUCUAAUUCAGUCUAAGACAAGACCCCACAUGUCAAUCUUUACCGAAUGUCAAUACAUUGAGUUAUCACUUAAUGAUUCAUGUGAAUUAAGGUGCUAUUCAAUUGUGAAGUAAAAGGCAUAUGCUCUUUUGAAAUUGAAAGAAACUUGAAAAUGUUUAUUCAGGCAUGUCAAAAGGCAUUUACAGUGUGUCCUGGCGAUGAUGUUUUUCACAGAAAGUAGUUUUAAAGAAUGGUUUAGGAAUGGAACCAAACAGUAACGUAUUUUCUUCUAUAUAAGAAAAUAUUCAGCUUCAGUGAUGGUCAAAUCAGUUGAUACUGGAAAGUGAUGUCAUUCUGGGAGAGAAGCUUUGAUUGUCAAUAGCUUUCAGUCCAGUAAGUAAUAAAAGACCACCAGUUAAAUCUUCCAGAAAUAAUAUGGGAAAAACUGUGCGUCUUAAAUAACCCUUUGCUAAGGUUACAGAAUGAUGGACCAAAUCAAAAUUCAAGUUGAUCGCAGUGCUGGGUUAAAAUAACAAUUGUAUAGCUGGAAACAGUUGUGGGUUGUGUGAUAUUCUUUCUCCCAAUAUAAGUCUUCUCAAAGUCAGAAAGACAAAUGUACUUCAAAACAAGAGAAAUCUCAAAGCCUCAUGCUCCAUGUAUUAAUAAUCAUUGAAAUGAAAAAAUUACUUUGAACAAUGGAGAGGAAAUGAUGCAAAGGUAGUUAACUGUGCUUGUCAGUAAAUAAUACAUAUUACAUUUGAGAGAGAUUUGAAAUUAAAAUGACGAAGUUGCUGUAAGUUAAAUGUUUAGAACGUUUCUUUUUGACCUGCACAGGUUACAUUUAAUAUCCUUUUAAAACUAGCACAUAACAGUUCAAGCAUUUGACUGUUUCACAUUAAGAUUGAGAGCCCAUGAUUAUCCAUUAAUUAGCUCACUUGCUACCUCAGUUUUACAAGAGACAUCAGUCAUUUACCAAUCAUCUAACUAGAGGAUUACAUGAAAGCAAGUCUCUCUCCAACUCUCCUUUUUGUUUUCUGAAGAUAUAUGGGAGGGAUAAAAAUAAAGUAAAAUGUUGCUUGUGUUAUUCAUUUCAAGGUAGGCAAUAGUGCAGCAACAUGGUAGCAGACUCUUGGAAAUCAAAAGAAUAGGUCACUUCUCAAGGGCAGUUAAUGAGGGGUGACCAACGUGAGCCUAAGGUGCAACACAUACUUUCUAUUAAAAAAGAGAAGUGCUGUUCCCUGGAAGAUGUAUAAUUUCCUGAAAAUGGAGGCUGAGGAAAGGGAAAUGAGACCACAAGAAAGCAUUUCAACACAAUCUCAAAAACAAGAGGUGCCACUGAAAGCCACUGCAAAAGUAGUUCACUUUUAACAUUGUUUGAGAAGACAAUGUGGUUUCCAGAGCUCAAAGCUGUUUAAAAUAGCACUCAUCAUCAUCUGAGUUAUAUUUGAGAAUUACCCAUUCAGGAGGUGGACAAUCUACCUGGAGGGGAUGGAUAGUCACCACUAUCAAGAGUACAAGCAAUACUGAGGCCUGUUAACCAGCGUCUUUCCUCCCAGCACCAGGUUGCUAUAGCUCUGCAUAAGCUUCUGAAAUAUUCAGAUCACCAUUAUAUUCCUCAUCUUCAACAAAUAUUGGCCAGAGCAAAAACUUGUCAGAUUCACUGUUAGAAUUGAAAUUGUUCUGGAAUGCUCCAAUAUGUCAAUGUCGGCUCAAAUAUUUUCUUUAUCUUUCCCCAAUUUGUUUUGUUUUUACAAUGUUCAUGUUUGAAUUAUUUUGUCCUUUUGCAGCAAGUUAUAUAUUACUGUGGGGAGAUACCAUGGGCUAGAUAAUGUCAUUCUUAAAAUCCCUUUCCUGAAGUACCACAGCAUUGUGCUUGGGUGACAAUAUUGAUUUAAACCUGAAAGGAAAUGGCAAUGAGAAUUAAAUGUUUCUGAUGGGACUAAACAUAAAUCCGACAAUCCUGCAACAAUGCAAAUCAGAGAACAAAUGUUAAAGAAAUGCGAACAACCAAUGGACUGAUAAUCUAGUGCAGCAGUGUUUCAUGGUCAUAAAUUAUUGUUUAAAGGAAAGGUUUAUAGACCACAAACAAUGAGACAGAUAUCAGACUAUUUCUUAUGAUCUUGAUGUGCUUUGGUUGCAGGAACAAAAAUAAUAGUUUUAUGGUCUAUUAAAAGGUACUGUGUAAAAAAUGAUGCAUGUGAACGUGCUUUAUAUAUUGGUUUCCUCUAGUGAACUAUAUUAGACAGUGAUCUUUAUCAUUAUUUAGCGAUUAGCAAUGGUCUGUGUUAAAUAGUUCAUUUUGCUUACCCACUUACUUAGACUGGUGUAUAUAUAUUUUUGUUAGACAAAGAGGAACAAUAUUAUGUUUUAUUGCAAUGGUGAUAGUUAGUUUUCAUAUGUAUGUACCAGCUAUUAUAGUAUCUAUAUAACCAGCCCAGAUGAAAUGCAAAAGGCUAUUUAUUUGGCUAUUCCUGAAGCAAGAAAUGUACACGUCACAGUUAUUCAAAGCAUGUGUAUCUGGUAGAUAGUUGAUGAGUUUUUAUUUCUCUAUUUAUCACUGCAUUUCUAAGGGGUACCAUAAAACUGGAAAGGAAUAUUAUGAAAAUGCUGCUGUAAAUUAUUUCUUUUGGCAUGUAUUCAAUUGUUGAAUAAACUUUUCUUUUAAACUA